UUGAGAAUUAAAAUCAGACGAGUAUAAUAUAAGUGAUAGCUUCAUCGGUUCCACGAGUGAAAUACGCACCCAAAUCGAUAGGAAAGUCGUCUUUUUUGAACACACACCGCCGACCACUCUCUGACACUCACACUCAUACUGAAAGAAUCGCGCUACGCAGAUUGCGAAUGCAUACGGCGAAAGAUACAAAUAGAAAAAAUCUAAGCAGAAGAAAAAUUUUGUUAGUGAAGUGAAGAGGAAGUAGUGGUGACCUGUGCGCGUGUAUUUGUGCUUUCCUCGUGCGUGUCAUAUCGUCUGUGUGGUGCUCCUCUCUGUGUGUGUUUCCCUCCCCCAUUUUGCAGGCGCGAGUGCGAAGAGCAUAGCAGUAGCUGUAUCUCGCCAUGGGUAAGCAAAAAAUCUACUGUGCGAAAUGCACGAAAAAAUGCUCCGGCGAGGUGCUCCGCGUGGCGGACAACCACUUCCACAAGGCCUGCUUCCAGUGCUGCCAGUGCAAGAAAUCCCUGGCCACGGGCGGAUUCUUCACAAAGGACAGUGCCUACUACUGCAUACCGGACUACCAGCGCCUCUACGGCACCAAGUGCGCCAACUGCCAGCAGUACGUGGAGGGUGAGGUGGUCAGCACCAUGGGCAAGACGUAUCACCAGAAGUGCUUCACCUGCUCCAAGUGCAAGCAGCCCUUUAAGUCGGGCAGCAAGGUAACCAAUACCGGAAAGGAGGUGCUCUGCGAGCAGUGUGUCUCGGGUGCUCCAGUGUCGCCCAGUCGUCAGGCAGGCGGAGGAGGCGUCUCCUCGCCAGCUCCUCCGGCGGAGAGUCCCACGCGGGCCACUGCCCACCAGCAGCACGGCGGUGUGAUUUCGCACAAGGCUCAUCUCAAGGAGGACUACGAUCCCAACGACUGUGCCGGAUGUGGAGAGCUGCUGAAGGAGGGCCAGGCUCUGGUGGCCCUCGACAGGCAGUGGCACGUCUCCUGCUUCCGGUGCAAGUCCUGCCAGGUGGUGCUCAACGGGGAAUAUAUGGGCAAGGAUGCGGUGCCCUACUGUGAGAAGUGCUAUCAGAAGGGAUUCGGGGUGAAAUGUGCCUACUGCAGUCGCUUCAUUAGCGGCAAAGUUCUGCAGGCGGGUGACAAUCACCACUUCCAUCCCACCUGUGCCCGCUGCACCAAGUGUGGUGAUCCCUUCGGCGACGGCGAGGAGAUGUACCUGCAGGGCAGUGCCAUCUGGCAUCCACGAUGCGGCCCAGGUCCCUCUGAGUCUGGCAUUAUCCUGAACGGAGGAGGCGGCGGAAGUACCUCGGUGGCCGGUGGCGCCUCUAAUGGCAACUUCACGGAUACCGAGUGCGACCGAAUGAGCUCCAGUGCCCUUAGUGAGAUGUACAUCCGCUCCAGAACACCGAGUUUUAAUGGUUCACUUUAUUCCUCUAGCCGCAAGCACUAUCGAACGGUUAGUCCCGGUCUGAUACUCCGUGAGUAUGGAAGACCCAAUGCCGAGGACAUCUCGAGGAUCUAUACCUACAGCUAUCUGACGGAUGCGCCUCACUAUCUGCGAAAACCCAUUGAUCCUUAUGACAAGACGCCGCUGUCGCCGCACUUCCACCGGCCCUCAUCCUACGCCGCCACCACGGCCAGUAAUGCGGGUUCAGUGGCUGGUAGCCGUCCUCCUUCGCGUCCUCACUCGAGGACACGCAGCGCCAUGAAGGUCCUGGUAGAUGCCAUCCGCUCGGAGACGCCGCGUCCCAAGAGUCCUGGCAUGAACAACGAGGAGCCCAUAGAGCUGUCCCACUAUCCGGCUGCCAAGAAGCCGCCGCCGGGCGAACAGCCCAAGAUCGAGCGGGACGACUUUCCCGCUCCACCGUAUCCGUACACGGAUCCGGAACGCCGGCGGCGGUACAGUGACACCUACAAGGGUGUACCCGUGUCCGACGACGAGGAUGAGAAUGGCAAGCAAACUAAUGGCAAGGCCAAGAACGGCGAGGAGCAGCAACGCCUUCAACGCGAGGCCGAGCAGCUUGAGAAACUGAACUCGGGCAUCGGCUCAGCGAUUGCCAAGGACCUCAAGGAGCAUGCCAAGUAUAGGAAGUGGAAGCAAAAUAAUCUGGAUCCGCGCAAUGCUUCCAGGACGCCUUCUGCUUCCAAGGAGCCGGUCUACAAGUUGAGAUAUGAAUCACCCAUUGGAGCCUCACCCUCGCGCAAUCUGGACCACCAGAAGCCCUUCUACGAGGACGAGAUGUUCGACCGCUCCACCAGCUAUCGCGGCUCGCUUGGCAAAUCCUUGGGAAACGCACCCAGUUACAAUGCCAUACAUUCCUACCGAUCGCCGCCCAAGCCCGGAUACGGAUUCAAAACGACGACUCUGCCCUAUAUACGCAACGGCUACAGCUCAGAUUUUUCGUAUGGAGGUCUAGGCGACAAGACGCACAGCACGGAUUUGAGCUGCGGCAAAUCAGAGGCUUCUGUGGACUCGAUCACCGAGGGCGAUAGACGUGCCCUGAUGGGCGGGGAUCUGCCCGCCUCAAGCACGUACUCGGGGGCUCUCUCCUACCACUAUCCGCAAGCUGGACUCAUUCGUCGCAGUCUGCCCAACAUGGCUCACUCGAUGCUGGUGCACGAGCCGGCUAAGAUCUAUCCCUAUCACCUACUGCUUAUCACAAACUAUCGUCUGCCCUCGGACGUUGAUCGCUGUAAUCUGGAGCGCCAUCUGUCGGACAUUGAGUUUGAGCACAUCUUGCAGUGUGCCAGGUCGGAGUUCUACAGACUUCCCCAGUGGCGACGCAAUGAGCUGAAGCGCCGGGUGAAACUCUUCUAAGAGCUCAGUUACCGCUGCCAGAUGCGACGAUAGCUACCCAAGUGGAGGCUGCAUGUGACGAAACCAAAAGAAUUCAAUUUACCUUAAACAGCCGCGGGUUAUUAUACGGAAGGGAGGAGGAGAAAACAAUACAAAUUGAUAACGAAAUGGGAAACUAUGCUAAUUUCACAGCCAGUUUUGAAACACGCUUUAAUAAAUAGUUGAUGCAAGUGAAACCAACUAAACUAAAUUUAUCGAAACAUAGUUACAUUUACAGUGCGGAGCGGCCAGCGUGCGGCUCCAGUUUAUUUUUUUAAGAAUUAGUUGCGCUAAAGCAAAACUUGUAACUGAAAAACUAAAUAUACAUAAAUGUAUAUGCAUAUGGAAGGAACAGAUGAUCCCAAAUAAAAAUGAAUACAGAUUUCAAUUAGUUAAACAAUGCAGCAUGUCCGGCAUGAUCGCUUUUUAUACGCAGUGCAAGAGCAAAUACAAAACUGGACCUAUUUUCUAAAUUACACUUUAAUUCAACCAUGUUAACGGGCCUAAGAACCGACAAAUGCAUCAAAGAAUGAGCAAUUAAUGUACCUACAGCAGAAUCACACAGCAACAAGCGCGAAUCGUUAGAUGUGUGGCAUUAAAAAUCUACGCUAAAACAUUA